UCCUGACAGAAGGCGGGACAGGACGCGGGCUCCGGGCGGACGGUCACUCGGUGCAUGAACAGCCAGCGGACCGUCAUGGACAGGACGGCCGUGGUGAAGGUCGGGGCCGCGGCCAGCGCCAGCGUGUGUGCCCUGUUCGGCGGCGUGGUUCUGGCCCAGUAUAUCGUCGCUAAGAAGAAGCGAGCCGGCAAGAAAACCCGGAUCAUCGAGAUGAUGCCUCAGUUUGAGAAGACGACGGUCCACAUGAGGGACCCCGAGAGGGUGGAGCAGAUCAUCUGUGGCCUCAUCAAAGGAGGAGCUUCCAAACUACAGAUCAUCACAGACUUCGACAUGACGUUAAGCAAGUUCGCCGUCAACGGCAAGCGCUGCCCGACGUGUCACAAUAUCAUUGAUAACUGCAAGCUGGUGACGGAGGAGUGCCGGCAGAAGCUGCUGCAGCUGAAGAAUAAAUAUUAUCCCAUCGAGAUCGACCCUCAGCUCACCAUGGAGGAGAAAUACCCGUUCAUGGUGGAGUGGUACUUCAAGUCUCACACACUGCUCGUGGAGCAGCGGCUAGAGAAAGACAAACUGUCAGAGGUGGUGAGAGAGUCUGACGCUGCACUCAGGGAUGGUUUCGAGCAGUUCUUCGACCGCCUGCAUCAGCACAACGUGCCUGUCUUCAUCUUCUCCGCUGGCCUGGGCGACGUCCUGGAGGAAAUCAUCCGCCAGGCCGGAGUCUACCACCCCAACGUCAAAGUCGUCUCCAACUUCAUGGACUUUGACGAGAACGGCGUCCUGAAGGGUUUUAAAGGCGAGCUGAUCCACGUGUACAACAAACACGACGGCGCCCUGCGGAACACGGAGUACUUCAAGCAGCUCAAGGAAUACUGCAACAUCGUCCUGAUGGGCGACUCGCUGGGAGACCUCAGCAUGGCGGACGGCGCGCCCAACGUGGAGAACAUCCUCAAGAUUGGCUUCCUCAACGACAAGGUGGAGGAGCGACUGGACAAAUAUCUGGACUCUUAUGACAUCGUCCUGGUGAAGGACGAGACUCUGGAAGUGCCCAACGCCAUCCUCCAGAAGGUUCUAUAACUCCACCUCCUCUUCUCCUCCCUCCAGCCUCGGGCCUGUCAGACUUCUAACCACCGACUUCUACCUUUUAUCGCUGGUCCAGAGCGGUCACUAUGUUACCCCCUUCCACUUGCUCUGGAUCCCACCUGGGUCAUCUUCUGCCCACCCGUCCCCCACGGCCUCUUCACCCUGUAAAACCUUUUUAAAAGACAUUUUACGUCUCCUGAAUGAACUGUUUUAAAGUCCACACAGCAGCAACAGCCCGUCUCUGGUGUGUUUUAUCUGUCUGAGUAGUUUCUGAUGUCGUUUUAUGAUAAGAUAAUAACCAAAAGUAAGAUAUAUAUUUAAAAAAAAACACCAUCACCAGCUCUUACUCCAUCUUUAUUAUUUACACAUUAUUACUCAUAGGAUUACUUUUGAUAUGGUAAUAUUUGUAUACCAUAAAACAAGACGCCCACAGACGGACACGGCGUUUUCUUUGGAGCUAUCCCAACAUCCUUCAGUUCCUUCAGUUACUCCCACAUCCCGCUCCUCCUUCUUUUGCUCUGUGCUGGCUGAAGACCACGACUUGAAGUGCGUCACAUCUUAAGAUUGUUAAAAGAAGUCGAUACAGGCCUUUGCUCGACUGCUAUUGGACCACAGAGCAAGAGAGGGCGGGACUUGUCGGGGUGUGUUAGACGUCCACCUGGUCAGCUGUUGGUGUCAGACAUAAAGGGCCUUGUGAUAUAAAAUGUAUGAAAUCAUAUUUCCAACAUGAGACUCGGAUGAUCAGAGGAAACGCACUUUAACUUGUGUAUACGGGGGAAUCGGCCUAGUUUGCGUCCUUGUUUACACAAGCUUUCUUUUUGAAUGUGCUAAUUUGGCAUCAACUCAACAGAAGAAGAAGAGGAAGAAGCUUUACUCUAGGAACAUUCACGCCCUUUUGAAUUUGUGAUCUUUGCGUAGCUGACUCAACAAUCCAUGCCAGUGUUUAAGGUUAAAGAGGUAUUAAGUAAUACUAGAGAUGACUUCUGGUGGUCAUUAGUGUGAAUUACAACCACCAAAAGUUCAACAUUUCGGUAAACAGAAGGAAACACACUGCUGCUGCGGCAUAACAACUUCAUCCUGUGGUCAGAAUUGAGCACUACCUCUGAAAUAUUGAAAUAUUCAUCUUUUUUUUCUUCUUUUGGGAGGUUCAAAGCUAAAAAAACGUCACCGUCUCCACUCGUUGCAACGUGUUGAAUGUUCUCUUUGUGUUUUAAAUGUGCUGCUAUCACCUGCAUGUUGCCUUUUCUUAUUGUUCAGUUUUAUGUCUACGACAUGGGAGACUAAUAUAUAUAUAUAUACGUAUAUAUAUCAGUAAAACAGGGAUUAAUGUCAUACUGUAUAUGUGGGCGUUAUGGAAAUGUAUAUUGUUUUACUGAAUUUGGGGACACCUCCAGAAGUAUAGACCGGCGUGUUGUAUUUUUAUAAGCAGAUGGCUUUAUCUUUUUGUUUUGAUGGUGUGAUUUUGAAAAUGCAAUAAAACUUUGUGAGCCAUGACAUAUCAUGGACCCACCCCCCCCCUCUAA